UCGUUUCAGCCCUUUUUCUAUGUGACACACCCUAUGGUCCAUUCACCUUUGCGUUGUGCAGGAUUACUUCAGUAGAUUUUGGUUCAAUAGAAUUUGCGUGUCUUAAUAUAUUUUGCUUCUGUAAUGAUCUAUAAAGUUGGGACUCAUCCUCUCAAUUCUACUUAAUGUGCUAUUCAUGACUUUUCAGAUUCUUAGGUCGGUGCCAGUUCGUUCAAUGCUCAUACCUCACUACUGGCAAGGGAUAAGAGCUUUAUGAUGGUGAACAACCUCUGAGUGCAGAGUUGGGUGAAGAGCUUGGAAAGACUCAGCCACUCAGAUGGCAAAGACAGAAUAGAAGAUGGGAACAGGUCGAUGGUACAAAGGUUUAGAUCUCAACUGACCCAUCAGAUGGAUGCCUUGCAUAAAACCGUAUCAAGUUCUGUUGCAGUUCUAUCAUGCAACAGAAGGACCACCUUAAUGAAAUGAAACAUGAAAGUGAUUAGAGCCGAAGGUCUUGUUGAAAGAAUAGAAGAUGGGAACAGGUCGAUGGUACAAAGGUUUAGAUCUCAACUGACCCAUCUCAAACGGAGAGGAAUUUCGAAUUGUGGCAGGUGCUGCCUCCACCUGGUAACGGUGGGCUGAAAUACUAUGGUUGUGAGCAGUAAAUUCGACCAAAUCAUCUGCUCCACAGAAGCCAUCAGCGCCUCGACCGGACAGUGACAUAGGUGAUCCACAUAUACUUCAUGUACACAACAAAAGAUUUGGAAGAGUGGUCAGAAAAUCAUGAUUCCUUUCGCCACGAGCAGAAUUUGGUUCAGUGGACUGAGAAAAAACGGCCAUAUGUUGAAGCCCUUUUCAUCGUGGUAACCAAUGGUGUCGGUAAGGAUUUUGUCAUCAACAAUGGUGCAUGCUCUUGUUCCACAGUCGUACUGGAAGACGGGAUCUCGCUGACGGAGGUAGGAGGGCUGCUGCAGGAGUGGGAUGGCAGGGAAGAGCCAGCAGGACAGCAUGCCCUGGAGGACAGCCUCGCAUCCGAGGAUCUGGGGAGCAUGCUGGAGUCCAUCAAAGUGGAGAGGGCCAAAUAUUCACUGAUGUGCUUUCAGUUCCCUAUUGGACGUAUCCACCGUCAGCUGAAGCAAAGGACUCAGGCAAAUGGUCGUGUUGGUGCCACCACAGCCGUCUACUCAGCUGCCAUCCUGGAGUACUUGACUGCCGAGGUUCUGGAGCUGGCUGGGAAUGCUAGCAAGGAUCUGAAGGUGAAGCGUAUCACCCCUCGCCAUUUGCAGCUAGCUAUUCAUGGAGACGAGGAGCUGGACACUCUCACCAAGGGCACCAUCGCAGGCGGAGGUAUCAUACCGCACAUUCACAAGUCCCUGGUCAACAAGUCAUCCAAGGAGUGAAGACUAGGGGAUGUGCAUCUUUAGUUUAAACUGGACUUCUGUGCGCUCCUGAGCGAGUCCUUGUUGUACCGUAGGUUUUAGUUGAGCUGUUAGGUUGGAGCUCCUUUGUGUAACGCUUGCCUGGUACUGCUUCAUUAGUUAUUUGGUUAUUGUGUUUGUGUUGAGUAGUUAACUUCAGGGGUGCAAA